CGGGCCCGGGGCGGUACCGCCGCCCGCCGGCGGCCUCAGCGGGCAGCGCUGGAGGCCGCGCCGGGGCCGGGCCCGUGUCCCCGGGGCGGGGCUGGCGCAGGGGCCGCGGGCGGGGAAGGUGCGGGCUGAGGCCGAGCAUGGCGCUGGCGGCGGAGCGGGGCGCCUACAGGUUCGUGGUGCUGCUCUUCAACUGUCUCCUCACCUUCGGCUCCUACUUCUGCUUCGACAUCCCCAGCGUCCUGCAGGAGCAGUUCCAGGGGAACUUGACCUGCCCCAAUGGAACCCAUCAUAACGGCACUGGGCACAACAGCACGCUGGACUGCGUGGAAGGCUUGGGAAUGACACCUGCACAGUACAAUUUGCUGUAUGCCAUCUAUGCUUGGACGAAUGCAGUAGUGGUUAUUCUGGCUGGAUUCCUGAUUGAUAAACUAGGAAAUCGCUUUGGUGUCUUUGUGUUCUCUCUUCUGACUGUGCUGGGAUCAUCAAUCUUUGCUCUAGGCUCCCAUUUCAAGGGCUCGCCGUACCUCCUACCAAUGAUGCUAACAGGAAGACUGCUCUUUGGCUCUGGGAAUGGGUCACUUACAAUUGUGCAGAAUCGUAUCACAGCCUUCUGGUUCAAGGGGAAGGAACUGGCACUGGCAUUUGGACUGACUCUGUCUUUCUCUCGUCUUGGGAGUGUCCUCAACUUCUUCUUCACUCAGCAGUUUGAGGCCAAAUUUGGAAUGCAGUGGACGCUCUGGGGAGGUACCCUGCUCUGUGUGCUGGGUUUUGUUUCAGCACUCACAGUCAGUGUACUGGAUAAAGUGGGCAUGAAGCAACUGGGCUUGGAUGGGGUUAUCCAGCAGGAAUCCAAAAAAGUGCGGAUUCAGGACAUCCGGCGACUUCCCCUUCGCUACUGGCUCCUGGUCCUCACCAUCAUGUUCUUCUACAACGGAGUCUUCCCCUUCGUGGCAGACGCCAGCAAGUUUAUCCAGGAUAAAUAUUCUGGUUACAGUCAGCAGGCAGCCGCUUAUAUUGCUGGGGCAUUGUACGACAGCUCCCUUGUUCUCUCUGCAGCAGUUGGCAUAUUAAUUGACUACGUUGGACUGAGAGGCGUCUUUGCUGUUGGUUGUGCUGCACUGACUCUGCCAGUCUUCGCUCUCCUGGCAUUUACAUUUGUUCCUCCAUUAGUCUCUACCAUCUGGUUGGGGAUUACUUACUCCUUUGCUGCUGCUAGUAUGUGGCCAUCCAUACCUCUUGUGGUCCCCCAAGCAACUUUAGGGACAGCUAUGGGGCUUGCAACUUCUGUGCAGAUGAUUGGAGUUGGCCUUUCAAAUCUGAUUGUUGGACACAUUCUAGGAACAAAGUCCAGUGAAUUAAAGAUCCCCUUGUGGCGCUGGCAACAGAUGAUGAUCUUCAUGUUGGCAAACACUAUUGCAUGUAUUGUUGCCUCCGUUAGCCUCAACGUUGUAGACAAAAAACAGGGUGGGACACUGAACAGAACAAGAAAGGGAGCACCUGUGGAGCAGGACGGAAACCCUGCAGAUGCAGCAGCGCUCCUUGAUGAUGAAACAGGAACCGGAGGCUCUGUCAGCUGAACCUGUGCCAUGUGAGAACAAUGGCGGUUGCCAGACACAGCACUGAUCACUUCUGUUUGAAAGUGGAUUUUUAGCCUGUGUAUUUUCAACAUCUUUAAAUGGAAUCUUGAAGGGAAUUGUCUACAGAAAGAGAAUGUUUCCAUGUUCUUAUGCCUGGCACACAAGUGAAAGGUGUCUGUUGUAUGGUUCUUAGGUGUUCUCCAACAUACAGAAACCUGCAUGGGGCACUUUAAGAACUACACUACAGUAAGUGGAACCAACCUAGCUGAAACUUGUUCAUACGCUAUUAGAUGGUUGCUUUUCACUCCUGCAUCUAAACCGCCUGCAUAAGGUGUGCCUGACUGGUCUAUUGCUUUUUCUGUCACAAGACUCCUGUACAUCAGUACUUGCUAACCCACCUACCUUGGCAGGCCUGCCCUUUCAGUUACUGCUCUAGAUUAGCAUUCAUCUGUCACAAAUUACAUAUCCAUGCAAGUGACACCAUCAUUAUUCUUCAGGCAGGAGACUGAAUUAAUCAAACUGAUUACCUUUUGCACACAAGCCUAGCUUAAUUGCAUAUUACCUUCCUAGAAAUGCUUCUGUAAGCUGUGCCUAUUCCCUUGCCUUCAAAAGCAUAAAAGGUUUUGAUCUGAAAUUCUGUCCUUUAAACCAAGGUGCUCUUACUCAUGAAUGCUAGAGGCUUGUUUUGCUUAGCCAGCUGCCCUUUUCACUAUGCAAAAUACUCACAAGCACCCACAGUGUUUACAAAAGCAAAUGAUGCUUUAAGAAUGAAGUAAACUUUAACAUAGCCAAGUACAAGGAAUGCUGAAGUGAAUAACUUAUGUAAAUUAUUACAUAUCCUUAAGAGAAAUAGCACCUCUGCUCAAGUUGCAUUUAAUAUAAACACUAGUACUAGACUGAAAACAAUUUAGGCACUGACAGCAUCCAGUGAAGUCACAUUUUAAGCAGAUGUCACAGAAAACAAAUCCACCCAUCAAAGCAAAGUUUUCUUAAACUGAUUUACUGAAAAGAAUGCCUUUAGAGAGCAGUAUCUUUUAAGUUUGAAGUUAUAUUGUGAAUUCAUUUCACAUGACAAUUAAAGGAUUUCCCUGUUGGAGUCCUGUGCAGCAGAAAUUUGGGGGUAGAGGCAGAGUCACAGAACUGUAAAAUCACAGACGCUAUUUGGCGGCAACCUCCUGAGAUCACCUCAUCCAGCACCCCCCGCUCAAGCAGGGUCAGCCAGGGCAGGUAGCCCAAGACCAUGUGUGGUCAGAGUUUGAGCAUCUCCACAGAUGGAGACUCUCCAGCCUCUCUGGGCAACCUGGCCCAGCACCUGGCCACCCUCCCAGUAAAAAACUGCUUCCUUGUGUUCAGAUGGAACUUCACAUGGUUCACUUUGUGCCCAUUGCCUCUUGUGCAGAGCACUGUCUGGCUGCCUCGUCCUCACUCCCUCCCAGCAGGGACUUAAACACACUGGUAAGAUGUCACUGAGCCAUCUCUUCUCCUGGCUGAGAAGCCCCAGCUCUCUCAGCUUCUCCUCCUAUGAAAGAGGCUCCACAUCAGUGACCACCCUCAUUGACCAUCACUGCACUCCCUCCCUGAGUUGCAUCUCUUUCCUACUAGAGUGUCCCAAACUGGACUCUCUACUCCAUGUGAGGCCUCACCAGUGUUCCCACUUGGCUGGUACAUCAGGCUCCUGCUAGACUGUGGCUUUACAUACACCCCUCAGCCUCCGGCCAGAGCACCACUCCUCAAUGCCAAGAUUCCGCAGCUGCAUUUUUUCAUAGUGGAAAAAAUCCCAUGAUGAAUUUCCAAAUGUGAUUAUGAAAAACCACACAGAGCAGUUCUAUAUACUCAUGUUGGAGGCUUGUGUCUGGAAGAAAGUACGUGUUCAGAGCUAAUUUUUUGUGUCAAUACUACCAAUGCCUGGCUUAAAAGCACUGACUUCAGCCUGGCUGGCAGGAAGUCAUCAGCUUUCUUAGUUUAUAUACCACACAAUGCUGCAGCCAAACUCAAUGGGGUUGUUCCUGUAACGAGUGCUGGGAUACCCACUGAAGGUCCUGUACUUGGUUCUUCAUGGAAAAAGGUCAAAAGGCAGCCAUUCCUGUUUGCCAUCCCAUAAUCUAAUACUACCAAAUUACCAGAAACUUCACUCUUCUGUUUUGAAGAAGAGUUGUGGCACACUGUUCUUAAAACUUGCCACUGGUUAACACGGUUCCCGACAACUUAGUGCUGGAAAUCUCACUGCCUACUCUGUGUUUCACUGCAAAGCCUUCUGCCUAUUUCCUCCAUUCACUGCCCAGGAGAACUGAUGGCUACAGAGGUUAAUGUAGAUACUAUCGUACAAAGAUCACUGCACAUGCUUUUAAAACCCUUUCAGUUAAGCUGAAGAUGUGGGGAGAUCCUAAUGACCUUUGAGACUGUUGCACAAAGACCAUCUUUAGGUCAGGAGGGCUCUGCUAGAGACUCUUAGAGGCAGAGUUGUUCUUAAAAUAUUCCUCAUGACUUUCAGCUCAGAUUAAUAAAGCUUGAAGCUGAUGUAACAACAGUGAGGAGGCAGAGAAUGAGACUUCCUGCAACAGUACUUGCUCAUCUCCACUGGAGUUCAUCAACAGCUUCCUGUUACUCCUGUUUAACUGCUUUUUUCAUUAAUUACUCCAGUGAUGACAGGAAAGCCACCUCCACUUUGCCUGUCCUUCCGAUUUCUUGCUUGACACCUGCUGUUGAGACGCCAGAGCUCACUUCUGAGAAACUUUUUACAAAGUGAUUGCAUGGUUCUUUACCAUGUUUGAGCUUGUCAUGAAAAAUGAAAGGGUGGGAUUCACUGAGGUCAAGGUGCUGCAAGAAAUGGAAAUAAACAAUCAGCUGGUUUUGUUUAA